AUGAUAUACCGCAAGCCAGAGGUUACUGUUGUUUGGCUUAUGGGAUCUAGAUUGACAAGGAGAGUCAAAAUGGCUGUAUUUGAAAAUGAAUGGAUUCCAGCUGACAGCUACUUUUGA